AUGUGUGGCCAUGAACCGCAAAGCUUAAAGCUCCCGAGCCUGGAUCAGCGUCAUUAUUCCUCCAGGUGUCCUUACAGUGCUCGAGCAGACAAAGGCACACGAUCAUUGCCUGUACCACGAAGAAACAGCUUCAAUGUGAUUGGCAGUGGGAAAUGGCGCCGCGAGAUGCAGCUAGGCUUGCCAGAGGUGGAGAAGCGCAGCGCUUCUGCACAACCAAUGCCACGGCGACGAGCGCCAAGUGAUGACUCAAAUCAGCCAGGGCCCGCAGGACGGUCUGGCGCUCCCUGCCCUACGCAGGUCCCUCACAGGCGGCAGAGUCCACGACAAGGUAGAUCUGCUUCUUUUGAACAGGGUGAUGCAUGCCCAGGUGGAUAUCAAUCACACUAUGUCAAGAUUGUCAAGACGAAGUCGCAGCUUGACAAGGAGUUUCAGGACAUUUUUGACAAUUUGGGUUCCUACAUAAUGCGACAUGUGGCCAAUGAAGCACCAGACGCAUCUGCAGGAAGUUUGCGUGAGCAGGCCAGAGGCCAGGCAUACCGGGAUAUGGCCUUGCAGCAGAUGGACCUGGAGGGAUCUGUGGUGCCGGAGGAAAGUAACAAGGAGGAUCCUCAAUCCGCGGUUGACAAAGCCGAUCGGGCAAUUAUGUGCGAGUUGCGGGAGCUCAAGCAAGAGAUUGUGGACCUGAAAGACAGCUUUAUGUUCGGCCACAAACGUGAUGACAGAGAUGCUUGGUACGCGCACGUGACAGUGAAGUGA